CAAUAGAGUGCAACCGGGCAUUUGAUCGGAGUUCGCAUCUUCCUGCUACAAUCGGAGCUUUUAUCUUUCUAAAUCUUUUAGUUACUUCAGCCGACGAUUGUUAUAAAGCCCGGCGCACACGGUAAGCAAAACUUCAUUCGUGCAAUUUGCUCACUGCAUCGCGAGGCCAAAAACCGUGUGCGGACGUCGAUCGAACGAAAUCACGUCUCACGAGCAACUAAGGCAAGAUUAUCACCUGCUUGAACUGUUGUCUACAGAUUCUUUGUUUUGCACUUCUUUAUUGCUUGGAAGUGAUAGAAAACUGGUCUAAACGUAGAUUGCAGUUUGGUAACCACCAAACACAGGAAAGAGUUCUUCAAAGUGGAGCCAUGGGGCAAGAUUCAUCUAAAAAAAAAAAAAAAAAAAAGGAAAGUCAACAAUCACACAAAGUGGCCCCAGAGCACCAAAUAUGGGUGAACAUGGCAGUAAUAUUGAAGAAAGAUUUGCAAAACAAGCAUCACAUGGUGUGAAAAGCAUUCAUCUGAGGAGUAAUAGAGAAGAAGACAAUAUUGGCAGAAAUAUGGCAGAGGAAAAACCUUCUAUGUUUGCAACCAUGGCACAAAGCAUUGGUGAGGUGAACACCAACAUUAAACCUAGCUCAUCUGAGGAAUUAUCCUGCCAUAUAUCCAGCAAUGGGCCAAUCACAAGAGGGGAAGACACCAAUAUUAAACCAAGCAUGGCAGAGGAUGUAUCCUGUCAUAUAUCCAGCAAUGGGCCAAGCACAAGUGGAGAAGACACCAAUAUUAAACCAAGCUUGGCAGAGGAGGUAUCCUUUCAUAUAUCCAGCAAUGGGCCAAUCACAAGAGGGGAAGACACCAAUAUUAAACCAAGCAUGGCAGAGGAGGUAUCCUUUCAUAUAUCCAGCAAUGGGCCAAGCACAAGCGGGGAAGACACCAAUAUUAAACCAAGCAUGGCAGAGGAGGUAUCCUGUCAUAUAUCCAGCAAUGGGCCAAGCAUAAGCGGAGAAGACACCAAUAAUAAACCAAGCAUGGCAGAGGAGGUAUCCUGUCAUAUAUCCAGCAAUGGGCCAAGCAUAAGCAGAGAAGACACCGAUAUUAAACCAAGCAUGGCAGAGGAGGUAUCCUGUCAUAUAUCCAGCAAUGGGCCAAGCACAAGUGGAGAAGACACCAAUAUUGGAAAACCAAGCAUUGAAUUAAAGACAACAUUGCAUGAGACUACCAACAUUUUUCCAAAAAUGAUUAAGAAAGAAGCAGAUAUUGGACCAGAAAAUAAGAAGGAGGAUGAAACCCAAGAUGUUUCUUAUAACAUGCAUAGCUGCAUUGAUCCUUGCCUGAUGGACAUGAAGACUAAUAAUCACACUGACAAUGCUCACCAGUUCAAGAGACAACAUCCCCAAAUCACAUACUCUCAAUCAGAGUUGAUGGAUCUUAGAAAUAAUUCCUCUUCACUCACAGAUUUCCACAUAUUUUGUCUGCAUAGAUGGCUUCCAGCAAAUUUAUUAAAGCCGGAAGCUGUUAAAGAUGCUAAAAAACAGACACCUGAUCUUGAGUUCAAAAAAUGGACAAAAGGUAUUUUAGAUCAUGCAGGAACAGUUUCGGCAAUUAGUGAAGUCAUAGAACCCCUGAAACGAAAUUUGACUGAGUUGUUCAAAGCGCAGGACUACCAAGCCCAGCCUCUUGAUCAUCUUACAAGACGUUAUUACUCCAUGUUAAAAGUUAUAGAUCCUGUUCGUUGUCAUGAUGAGGGUGGCGAAGGAGUUCUUAAGUCGUUCAUUCAAACCUAUUUAGAUACUUUUGUGGUGUACUCUAUCGAUGCCAAAACCUAUUGUAGAAUGACUGAGAGGCAGCAUGAUGUCGGUCAAGGUGACGAGUCUGUUCAGAGAAAACAGGAUGUAGUGAUCGACCAAUUGCGCCAAAAAAACUGUAAAGCUCUAAAUCCAGAAUUGAAGGAUAUCAGUGAUACUCCAGCGUUGCCUCACGGGUAUGAGUAUCGCCUAUCUUCUGUCAAUUCAGAAGAACUUUGUCAUCUCAAGGAGCAGCUCAAAGAAAAAGUUUGCGAUUAUCUGGAGCCACGGUCUCAGCCAGUUUUCGUUUCUACUUUGUGCCACCUGCCAGAAUUUGGCCCUCUUAAAGAAAUAAUAGGAAUGGUUAGUGGAAAGCGCUUCAAGUUUGGGAAAUAUCUUGUUGACGAAUGCAAUGAUGUAUUUCAAUUCACCCGGAUCAAUGGGACUCUACACACGGUGUCGUUGAGAAAAAAAAUAAGCUCGAGUAAGGCAAAUCGGCCGUCGGAUGUCAUGGAACAAUAUUCACUUCACAGUCCUGACAGAGAAGAAGAGAAUACCCAUGCCACUGAUCCCUCACAGAUGAACAUAGAAGACAACUCAUCUGACUCAAGUCACCUCGUGUCAUCGAGUGAUGUAGAAUCUGAAAAAGAAAACUCUGGGAUGGGCAGUCAAACUCCUGUGUCAGGAAAAGACAUUAUAGAAAGCCUCUUUUCACCGUCUAGCGAUGUCCGAACAACUUUGGAACAGGAUCAACAGAACGUGAUUCAUACGGUUUCAAGCCUUGUGGCAUCAACUGAAUGUUUGACUGGGGAAAUCUUGGUUUCUUCGAAACAAGGUCGUACUACUGGUGAUGGCAUUUCAUCUAACUCUAGUGAAAAUAUUGCUGCAGACCAACAAUUAUUUGAUGAAUUGAACUUGUUAAGAAAGGCAUGCGAGGUACUCAAGAGACACGGUGGCCCAUUACCAAUUGGGCAUCUUUCAAGCGAUUCACAAGUUCACAAUUUAAUAAAAAGAAUACAUAACAUCUCAAACAAACCCUUCAAUUGGCUUAGUUUUCUAAAACGAUGCAGUGAUACUCUCGAUUUGACUAUGGACACAAGAAAGCAGUGGUGUGUUUCUUUGAAGGUUUUUGAGAAUUGUCAACCGUCAAACAACGUCAGCGAACACCAACAAACUUCAAAUAGCUCAAACAAUUGCCUCCAAAAUGGCACCGAAAGCCCUUCAUCAGUUGCCAUCGAGAAGGAGUCUUCGUCGUUAAGUACAGGGAUUUGUGUUGAUGAACAGCUAAAGAAAGAGCUGAUCGAGCUAUUAACACUUGGAAAGCAAUCGAAGUGUGGCGUAAAAGAAGCUAGUCAAUUGCCCAACGUGAAGGAACUCCUCCUUCUUUUCAACUCUGAGCUGUUCAGUAUUGCAGGCUCAUCGGCCGUUUUACUCAGCUUUCUUUCCUCAAACGAAGAUGUGUUCAAGUUGGAUCUCGAAAACCCCGGGCAAGUCUUGUUUCGGCUGCAAGGGGUAGGUGAUUCAAGACUAAACACUAAAAAACACGUGGAAGAUGCUGGAGAUAUAUCUGUUCCGUGUGACAAGCAGGAAAGCUUAGCUAAAGUUCACUUUCAAGGGAAAGAUGAAAUAAAAAGUCAAGCUUUCUCUCUUAGUCCCAAGAAAACCCCAGUUUCCUCAAAAAGGGAUGAGCUUCACGAUUUAAAAGUGAAGCUAAGACACAAGCUUUAUGAACUUCUGAAGACACAAACGGAGCCUAUUGGCGUUGGGUCGUUUUGUGAACAGCCCAGUUUACAAAUUCUCAAAGAAAGCAUUAAAAAAGCCUUGGAAUCUGAUGGCAAGAAGUUCAAGUUCGGUCGAUUUCUUGUUGAGAAUUAUAGUGACGUCCUUUGUUUUACCUGGAAGACCAAUUCUCUGCACACUAUAGCGUUGAAGAAAAAUGCAAUUUCAAAUGAAUGCCCAAAGAAAACGUCUCAAACUCUUUCGUCACAGGUGAAUAAAGGUAAUGGGCCCUCCUUCUCAAGUCCUGGAAUCACACAUUCUGUAUUUGAUAGCGACAAGUCGUCACUUUGUGAGGAUUCUGAUACAGGGAUCUCCAAGAUGAGCUUGUAUCAUAGCCAGGAACCUCGUGUUGCGGAAGCAGGCAGUAUAAGCUCCCUUUCGUCCUUCUCUAGUGAUGUCGUCUCAGCUGAGGAGUCUACAAGAAUCCACGAUGGUUCAUCAUAUGAGGAAGAGCCAACAUCAUCCAUUUCAGAACAAGAGCAGGACACAAGUGACGACAUUUCAUCUGUUUCUAGUCAUAGCAUUACUACAGUUCCACGGUUAUCUCCAGAUGAAUUGAAACUCCUGAGCCGGGUCUGUCACCUUUUGAGAAAACGCAACGAACCAUUGCCGAUUGGGCAUAUUGGAAACGAUCCCGAACUUCAGGAGCUUAUAUGCAAAAUUCAUGUCACAACAUUUGAUUCAGCAGAGCCAUUCAAGUGGAAAACGUUCCUUGGCAAGUGCAAUGAUACUCUGGAUUUGAGUCAAAGAACCUUGAAGGGUACACAAGAGUGGUGUGUUUCGCUGAAAGAAUGUCAUAAAAAACGUUGCCCAAGCACCACUUCUAGAUUAACCGAUAAUUCAUUGGACGCACAUACUUCUAAAGAUUCAAAUAUUACAGAGCAUGCACCCGUAAAACUUUCAAAAAACCAACUGCGAAAACUCGACUCAAGUCUUAGAAACAGACUUCUGUCGUAUUUGCAAACAAAUUCUGGAGAGCACGCGCUUAGAGACAUAGUGAACCAGAAAUGCAUUCUGAAAGGCGUGCAGGUAAUGAAUAGUCUUCUAAAGCCUUCUUCGACCGAAUUCAGUUGGGAGGCAUUCCUACAUAGAAAUAAAUACAUGUUCAAAGUUAUUGGAAAUUAUGAUAACAUUAUGAACUGCAAGGUAUCCCUAAGUCCAGAAUUCCGGCCUUUAGACAAGCCGAAGGGACAACCACAAGGUUCCAGACCUUCUAACGAGGUACAGUCAAAAGAUUCAACGGUAAUGAUUUCAAAAACAAAGUUACGCAAACUCGAUGUGAAACUACGGAACCGGCUGUUGGAGUAUUUGCAAGAGAGUCCUGGUGGAAAUGUACUAAAGUACAUUGUAAAAUGUAAAUGCAUCAAAGAAGAAGUACAGGAACUCAACACUCUUCUCAAACCGUAUUCUACCCAAUUGAAUUGGGAAACAUUUCUAGAGAGAAAUAAGUACAUAUUUCAUGUAAGAGGGAGUGAUAGUGACAUAAUGAGCUGUACAAUAUCUCUGAAGUCACAGUCGCAGCAAAGGGAGGAACUUUCACAGGGCUUUGCAUCAGCAAAGGAGAUCUGUCUCUCCCAAUACGAGUCUUGCCUUCUACAGAAAGUCCUGUCUUUCUUACAUAAGGCCGGAACAGGAGAACAUCCUCUCAAAAAAGUGGAGGAAUGUAAACCAGUGCGACAAGCUCUCGAGAAUUUAAGAGCUGAUCUAAGAAAAAGUGGUCGACAGUUUGACUGGGUGACCUUCCUUGCCAUCGCUCGGAAAGUGUCCUCAGUAAACGUAUCUUGUCUCGAGACAAAAGACGAAUUAAAAAUAAGACUCUCCGCAAAGCCGAAGGACCCGAAUGUGGAUAACUUACCCACCCAAAGUAAAGUCAAUGGCGCACCGAAUUCUAAGGUCACUGAAUUGUGUGCGGAGGCGCUGAACGCUGCCAAUCUCUAUUCUUCAGUUGACACGAGUGAGCCAAGCACGAUUGAUGUCAACGGCACAACAAAAUCUGUAGUCGCUGGAAGAACAAGUACUGGGAUCAUCCACAAUGAAAUAAUUCAGGAUUGUCCUGCAAAUGUAUGUUCUUCAUUGCACAGGAUUCCAAAGGCUAACAUCGAUGAGUGUGAUGAUGCAGUAGCCUUUGGUAACAUCGUUGGGAUGGAGGUCUUGGCGGCUUCGGUUGGCAGAGCUUCAAGUGAUGGAAAGAUGACUAUUCCACCAACAGAGCCUUGGAGUGAAGCUUGGUCAUCUUGCAGCAUUAGUGAAAACAAAGAAACGGCCAAGCUUACUAACAAUUAUGAUGCUACUAUCUAUGGUACCUCUUCUGGCCAGUUAUUACCAUGUACCAAGAACAAUGGAGAAGCCUGCAAUGGCGACGAUGGAGAAAGCCCCCAAGACACCUUAGAAGAUCGCAAUGCAGCUAGAAGCGGAAGUCGAUAUGAGACAGUCGAGGGCAGUAAAAGAGCGUGUAAGAAACCCUCUUCGCCUGAAGAAACGUGUAAGGAAAUCUAUUCUCCUAAAGAAAUGAGCAAGGAGGCAUCGUUACCAGAAGAACUUUUCAAAGAAAUAUCUUCAACUGAAAAAGGGUGUCAGGAAACCUCUUCAACUAAGGAAGUAUUCAAGGAAACCUCUUCAACAGAGGAAGCCUCCAAGGAAACCACUUCAACUGAUAAAGUAUGCAAGGUAAUCUCUUCUAGUGAUAAAGUAUGCAAGGAAAUUUCUCCCCCUCUUCUAUGUGCUGUUACACCUACAAGUUUACCAUGGGGUGAAGUCCACCAUGUUAACUCUCCCAAGGAACGCCUUGCUGCCUUACUCUACGAUACCUUUGAAGAUUCCAAUGGUUUUCUGUUGAAAGCACAAACUGUAUUUCGUUCGCUGGGUUUGGCUGAUGUGCACAUUGAGCCACGCACAGUAGCCAAUGUUUAUUUCUGUAUCGUGUGGAUCGGCGAUUCCCAGAUAACUUCAACAGCUGAUGAGAGUCUAGAGACCGCCAAGAAUAAAGCCCUUACGAAAUGUGUGCGUUUUCUCAUGGGGAUGUACCACUGAACUAUUUAGGGACCGCCACUAAACUUAGAAAGGUGUAUGAGAAAAUGCCAGAAAGUAGAACGCGCAGCUUUGCUAAACAUGUGUCGCUCAAAUGUAAGGUAUUUUUAAUAAAUCGUAUUAGAAUUCUCUAGCAAAAAUGUUAUAGUUGCAUGUAUAAAUUAGUUAAGUGUAGUCCUAGAAAAGUCUUACUUGCUAACAAGAUGGACUCCUCAAAUAUUAAAUGUGGAAGAAUUUAUCCCAACAUCAAGACCUUUUGGAACGCAGAGCCCCAAUUGUUAUUAUUAUUUGAGUUCCUCACGUUAUCAUGUAUUGGCUUUGCUUGAACAGCGUCUGUUAACUUCGGUGACGUUAGGGAGUGUUUAUUAAAUACACCGAGGGGGGGAGGGAAGGAAGAUAUUGAGGGGGGGGGGGGGGUUCCGAAAAUGUUUAACCACCAAAACGGGGUCUCCGAAAAUAAAGGUCCUCUAAGGGAAAAAGAAGGAAAAUUUGGGGGUUCUAUAAAGGGGGGGGGGGGAGAACACCGAAAUGAAAGGGGGGCUCUGCAAUUGGUGUAAUUAAUGAACACUCCCUUAUACUCCCUUAUAUGUGUGUACUCAAGAACGUGUGCCUUUUUUGAUAUUGUGCGUUUGGUUGUCUGUCAAUACAAGGGCUGGUGCCUAACUUUUUUUAAAGGAUUAAAUACCUUAUAUCCAA